CGGCCCCUCCCCCGUCACUUCCUGCCCGGCUGCGGGCGCCGGAGCGGCUUCUCAGCGUUUGCGCCGGCCGCCGUCGCUUCUCCCUCGGCUUCCCGGUUCCUGUGACCGGCCCCUCGCCACACUCCCGCCCGCUUCCUCGCCCCGGCCCGGCGGCGCCCGCCUCCUCCGCAGCCACUCCGCCUCUUCCCUCCUGCCGUCCCUUCCUUGUCUCCCUUCUUCCUUCCUCCUUCUUCCCCCCCCCCCCCCCCGGCUCAACGCCGCCGCCACCGCCGCCGCCCAGGACCGCCAUCCCGGGGCGGGGGUCGAAGCUCGGGGCAGCCAGCCAGGAGUUUCCUAACCGCAUAACCUCUCAGAACUGAAGGAAAGUAGUGUUCCCAGAACGCCCUGUUUCUGAGGAGCCGUAACCCCUACUGUAGAGCUCAAUGCACUGUGUGUGACACUUGGAACCAAGCCAAUGUAUAAGCCUGUUGACCCCUACUCUCGGAUGCAGUCCACCUACAACUACAACAUGAGAGGAGGCGCUUAUCCCCCGAGGUACAUUUACCCGUUUCCUGUUCCACCUGUACUUUAUCAAGUUGAGCUUUCUGUGGGUGGACAGCAAUUUAAUGGCAAAGGGAAGACAAGACAGGCUUCGAAACAUGAUGCUGCUACCAGAGCUCUGAGGAUCCUGCAGAAUGAGCCCCCGGGCCCCGAGAGGCUGGAGAUGAAUGGAAGAGAAUCAGAAGAGGAGAACCUCAAUAAGUCGGAAAUAAGUCAAGUGUUUGAGAUUGCACUUAAACGGAACUUGCCUGUGAAUUUUGAGUCUUUCCUUCCCACCCAGGUGGCUCGGGAGAGUGGCCCACCGCACAUGAGGAACUUUGUGACCAAGGUCUCAGUUGGCGAGUUCGUGGGGGAAGGUGAAGGGAAGAGCAAGAAGAUCUCCAAGAAGAACGCCGCCAUUGCUGUUCUCGAAGAGCUGAAGAAGCUGCCGCCACUGCCUGUGGCAGAGCGGGUGCGGCCCCGGAUCAAAAAGAAAACGAAGCCCCCAGGCAGGCUCCAGGCGAGCCCCGAGUAUGGGCAGGGGAUGAACCCCAUCAGCAGACUGGCCCAGAUACAGCAGGCGAAGAAGGAGAGGGAGCCCGAGUACCAGCUGCUCACAGAGCGCGGCCUCCCGCGCCGCAGGGAGUUUGUAAUGCAGGUGAAGGUUGGAAACCACACGGCAGAAGGAACAGGCACCAACAAGAAGGUGGCCAAACGCAACGCCGCUGAGAACAUGCUGGAAAUCCUGGGCUUCAAAGUUCCGCAGGCUCAGCCCGCGAAGCCAGCACUCAAGUCCGAGGAGAAGACACCAGUAAAGAAACCAGGGGAUGGAAGAAAAGUAACCUUUUUUGAACCAAGCGCUGGGGAUGAAAAUGGGACUAACAACAAAGAAGAUGAGUUCAGGAUGCCUUAUCUUAGUCAUCAACAGCUGCCUGCUGGAAUUCUUCCCAUGGUGCCCGAGGUCGCCCAGGCUGUAGGAGUCAGCCAAGGACAUCACACCAAAGAUUUCUGCAGGGCAGCUCCAAAUCCUGCCAAGGCCACGGUAACUGCUAUGAUAGCCCGAGAAUUGUUGUAUGGGGGCACCUCGCCCACAGCCGAGACCAUGUUAAAGAAUAACAUCUCUUCAGGCCACGUACCCCAUGGACCUCUCACGAGACCCUCUGAGCAGCUGGACUAUCUUUCCAGAGUCCAGGGAUUCCAGGUUGAAUACAAAGACUUCCCCAAAAACAACAAGAACGAAUUUGUAUCUCUUAUCAAUUGCUCCUCUCAGCCGCCUCUGAUCAGUCACGGCAUCGGCAAGGAUGUGGAGUCCUGCCAUGACAUGGCUGCCCUGAACAUUUUAAAGUUGCUGUCGGAGUUGGACCAGCAGAGCCCAGGGACGCCGAGGACAGGCAACGGGCCAGUGUCUGUGUGUGGGAGGUGCUGAAGCUUUUGUGGCAAUGAACCAUCACAAAAUCCCAAUAUAUAUACUGAAAAUACUGAAACUGCUUUGAAAAUUUGGAAUUUCUGAUACCUCCAGUGGGCCGAGAGAGACAGUGGGUAAGAAUGUGGGCAGCGGUGAGGACAGCACAGUCCUGAGGAGGUGGCUGUGGCCGAGGUCGAGCGGUGUCUCCUGCAUAGCUGCACCUGCCUGUGCGAGGGGCUCCGCCAGGGCCGCAGCUCCCUGCCCCCUGCACUUCAGAGCUUGCUUUUUGGUUGGGGAUUUUUUCCCCGUGCGUGUGGGAGAAGAAACAGGACGCAAGCCCCCUUCUCAGACUGGCUCACUCAACACUCGGGACAAACCCUGGACAACCACCCUGGAGAAAGGCCUUUAACAGGCCCCCGAGCGAAGAGCACCAGAAAAAACCAGAUGCUUCCUUCCAAGCGCCACCUAGCCUUCCUAGCGUGCUUCUCCACGCCGUAACCACUGCUCUCUACACUGAUACCUGUUCUUAGUUUCAUUAUUUUCUUUUGAUUGAUAUGACACUAUAUGAAAUUUUCAUUUGAGAGUUUCCUCGUUGUAUCUAGUUCUAUAGCACAGUUUAGGAAUUUGUCUGAGACUGACUUUAUCAGUAAUGUAACCGGCCAGGGUCACCCUGUGUGUCUGUGGUUCCGUGUUUGCUUUCAUUGGCCACGCCUAGGACCAUUUCACUGAAUGCAAACCGUCUGCCCUUUGCUGUGGCUGAGACGGUCUUACGUCUCGGACCUUGAUGACGUGUCCCGCAGUUGUAUAAAUUGGACAAUUUAGAAAUUUUAAACUUUAGAUGAUGAUUUCGUUCCUUUUCUAUUUUAUUUUUGUUAAUGCAACAGGACUUAAAUGAACUUUGAUCUUUGUUUUAAAGAUUAUUAAAAAAUUGUGUCUAUACGUGUGGCUCUUGGGACGUAGCUUGGUGACACUGCAGGAACUCGCACACCUGCAGGUGCCUGGUACUGCGGAUUGCACCUGCUAGAGGGCUGACCAGAGUGACCGCGGGGGUGUGUACAGCUGUGUUGCUUUAGGUGUUGUGUUGCUGCACGCAGAGAUGUGCGUGUGGUCCAGAUGAGAGCGUGGCAGCCUCGCCAGCCUAGGACCGCUUCCGUUCAUGUUUACGCUGGAAUGUUCUCUCCCCAUGGAAUGUAAGUAAACUUAGUGUUUGUCACCAAUAAAUGGUCAUACUAAA